AUGGCACCAACACGCAAAUCGGCGGCGGCGUCCUCGAGUCGAAACCUGAAACGGAGCGCCCCAUAUGCUGCUCCCCAGGAAAACCGAGCAGCCAUCGAAAAGAAAAGGAAAACUGGAGCUUCUGCCGCAAAAAACACAAGCACCGAGAGAGAGCAGAAAAGGCAAAAAAAAACCGAAACCUCACCGGUUCAAAUUAUCAACGCCGCGCCGACCCAGAGACUCGACGUGUAUGUUUUUGGCACAAAUUGCGACGGCGAGUUAGGGCUAGGAGAUGCGACCAAAAAGACUGAGAUCCCACGUCCGGUCCUGAAUCCCAAACUCCCGGCAGAUACAGUGGGAGUAGUAACACUUGCUGUUGGCGGUGUCCACUCAGCUGCACUUACGCAUGAUAACAAAAUCCUAACAUGGGGCGUUAACGACGAGGGCGCUCUCGGGAGAGAUACAAAGCAAGAUGAAGAUGAUGUCAAAUUACGCGACCAGGAAGACAGCCCUGAUAGUGAUGAGGAGGAAGAACUGGUCAAUCUGAACUUGAAAGAGGCCACCCCAUUGCCUGUGGACCCGUCUUGGUUCCCGCGCGACACCGUUUUUACACAGGUGGCAGCUACUGGCAGCGCAACAUUCGCCCUUACUACCACUGGUCUGGUAUUUGGCUGGGGUACUUUUAGAGGAAACAGUGGGGAGAUCGGGUUCUCACCCAACUCCACAAAGCAACAGAGGGAGCCGGUACUAAUUCCUGGUCUAAGCAAUGUUACAAAACUUGCGGCUGGGUUUCAACAUAUGCUGGCAUUGACAUCAAAGGGCGCUGUUUUUGGCUGGGGCUGUGACGAACAGCAUCAGCUUGGGCGACGCCGAGUACACCACAAUGCGUCUCAUCCGCUUGUUCCAGCAGAAUGCGCCCUCCCCUCUGGCAUGACAGAUAUCGGUGUUGGGGAGUAUCAUUCAUUCGCGGUUCACAAGAGCGGCUCUGUAUACGGUUGGGGCUCAAACAACUACGGCCAAACCGCAAUAUUUACAAGUGCUGGCCAAAGUGACGCGGUUGUGGUAUACCCGACCAAGAUCAAGUCGCUCAAGCAGGGGUCCAAAAUCAUAUCCAUACACGGUGGCAAAGACCACAGUCUUGCUAUUGACGAAGGAGGAAAGUGUUUUUCAUGGGGUCGAAUCGAGAACAAGGCACUGGGGCUUGACUUGAGCAGCCUCCCUCCUUCCGAUGUCAUCUUUGACGAGCGUGAUCGCCCUCGGAUCUUAAAGGUCCCAACCAUUAUCAGCAGUAUCAGUGACAAGGCAGUUGAAUCGCUGGGCCUAGGAACGGAUCAUUCCUUUGUUAUUACCAAGGAUGGAGAGGCGUACAGCUGGGGCUUCAACGUCCAAAAGCAGGCUGGACAGCCGGGCGAUGUUGACGAAGUUGUCCUUCCCACCCUGUUGAGCAACAAACAUGUUGACGGGAAAAGAUUGGUCCUUGCUUCUGCCGGAGGCCAAUUUAGCAUUGUUGCUGGUGUGCACCAGUGA